CGCACGCACCUCUCUCACCCGCGCAGACACGCGCACGGCGCGGCGGUGAGCGGAGCGCAGUUAUUUGGUGCUGUCGUUGCGGAGCAGUUCAUCCCCUGCGGUUCUGUGGUGCGUGGAAAAAGACCCCGCAUAACAUCUCCCCUCCUCUCCAGUCUCCUCUCUGCUGUUUAGCAUGUUCUGGAUCAUGGCAACAGUGCGGGACGUGGGCAGGGUGGGUUUUUCAUGCCUUCACAGACGGAAUCCGUGGGGCUGCUGCAGGAGUUAAAGGAGUGAUAUCUUUCUGUUUUCUGGGCUGGAGACCUGGAAUGAUCCUGGAAUGUUCCUGGAAUGAUGGUGAUGAUGCUGGAGCAACAAGCGUGCGGCGGCUCUGCGCACACUUUGCGGUGAUAACGCGCACUUGAAGGCGGACUGUUGCAUCUGUCUGCAAGAUUUCAGACAGUUUGUGUUUUUUUCCAACAAAAAGGAACUUGGCUCCUGGAAGCCUCUCACUCCUCAGAGAAGUGCUUCAUCCUUACUUCUGCGUUUUAACGCUGGGAGAGCUUUGAUCCCUGUGCAGGGGCGGAAGCAGUGGAUCCCGAGCCAUGAGCUGCCAGAAGCGUGGCCCCCCAGAGGUGAGAGCAAAUCUAAUGCUCCGGAUCCUGUGGAUGAUUCCAGCUCUCAUGGAUGUAGCUGGAACCCAGGAGAUAUAUGCACCGCACUCCAUCCGAGUGGAGGGAGAUGUGACACUGGGGGGGUUGUUCCCAGUGCAUGCCAGGGGUUUUCCGGGAACGCCUUGUGGGGACAUCAAGAAGGAAAACGGCAUCCACCGGCUGGAGGCCAUGAUGUACGCGCUGGAUCAGAUCAAUGGAGAUGAGGACCUGCUUCCUAAUGUGACACUGGGCGCUCGGAUCCUGGACACCUGCUCCAGAGACACGUACGCCCUGGAGCAGUCUCUGACCUUUGUGCAGGCCCUGAUCCAAAAGGACACCUCGGAUGUCCGCUGCACCAACGGGGAGCCACCGGUUUUUGUGAAGCCGGAAAAAGUUGUGGGAGUUAUUGGUGCGUCAGCGAGCUCUGUGUCCAUCAUGGUGGCCAACAUCCUGCGGCUCUUCCAGAUCCCACAGAUCAGCUAUGCAUCCACUGCUCCAGAACUAAGCGAUGACCGCCGCUAUGACUUCUUCUCACGAGUUGUUCCUCCAGACAGCUUCCAGGCACAGGCCAUGGUGGACAUCGUUAAAGCCAUGGGCUGGAACUAUGUCUCCACGGUAGCCUCUGAGGGGAGCUACGGGGAAAAGGGGGUGGACGCCUUCAUGCAACUCUCCAGAGAAGCAGGUGGAAUCUGCAUUGCUCAGUCACUGAAGAUCCCUCACGACCGCAAACCUUCAGACUUCGAUAAAAUCAUCCGUCAGCUGCUGGAUACCCGCUACGCCAGAGCUGUGGUCCUGUUCGCCUCUGAUGAAGACAUCAGGGGAAUUCUGAACGCCACGAAGCGAGCGGAUCAGGUGGGUCACUUCCUGUGGAUAGGCUCUGACAGCUGGGGGGCCAAGAACAGUCCCAUCCACCAGCUGGAGGAGGCUGCUGUCGGAGCCAUCACCAUCCUGCCCAAGAGGGCCACCAUCAAUGGCUUCGACUCCUACUUCAUGUCGCGGACCCUGGAGAACAACCGCAGGAACGUGUGGUUUGCUGAGUACUGGGAGGAGAACUUCAACUGCAAACUGAUGAGCUCGUCCAAGAAGGACGACAGCAGCAGGAAGUGCACAG